AUGCAUAUUUCUAUAAGAAUUUUCAUAGUGUUAUUCUAUCUUAUCGGUGCAUCUCAGGCGGAGAAGCUUUGUGUUCAAGGCGAAAACUGCACUUUGACUGUGGACGAUCCUGGAAUAAAUACUAAGAGCUGUAAGGGGUUCAAGACGAACGAGUGUAGUUGUGUGCAACGAAGAAGCAUUCAUUUUGAGUUUGACUGUCAAUGUUGCAAGAGUCCGUCGAGAGAAAGACGAGAUGUUUCGUUGGAAGCCAUGUUCGGUCUAAAAACAUAUGUGGUCCCAACCGAUCCACCGAAACUGGAAGAAAUAAUAACAACGAAGGGAACAAUUACCAGUACCACCACUCAAAUGCCAAUGAUAAAAUACCAAAUGUUGAGAGCAACAGAUAGCGAUUGUGGAAGGUUCAAAAUUGCCAACACGAUGACACUGAAAGCUGGGAUUGCUACUUCAGAAGCAGUUAUAAACUCGAAAACAAUCAGAGCAACGCAUGCUACAACUGCAGUAAACUGUUGGAAUCUGUGCCGUUGGAAUGUGCUAUCAGGAGAUAAAACUUGUACUGCUGUCGGCUUUAUUGAGGAUAAUGCUCAGAAGUUCAUCAAUGACUGUUUCAUUCUGUCCGAGUCGCCUGUCAAUUCAACUGGAUCCGAUACAUCUGUGGAUAUUUACGAAAUUUGUAUCUGA